AUGGAGAGCCGAAAGGACAUGGUUAUGUUUCUGGAUGCGGGUCAGCUUGGUACUCUGGUUGGCAAGAGGGUCUCCAAUUUGUCUGAAGCCGUGGGCAGCCCGCUGCCUGAGCCGCCCGAGAAGAUGGUGCCCCGUGGUUGCCUGAGCCCGCGGGCCGGCCCUCUGGCCGCCCGGGAGCGCGGCGGGGGAGGCCUGGAGGAGGAGCCGGUCGACGGACUAGCAGGCAGCGCUGCGGGGCCGGGCGCCGAGCCGCGGGCAGCCGGGGCUGCGGUGCUCGGCCCCGGACCUCCGGCCCCCUCCGCCGACAGCCUCUCGGGUCAGGGGCAACCUAGCAGCUCGGACACCGAGUCGGAUUUCUAUGAAGAAAUCGAGGUGAGCUGCACCCCGGACUGCGCCACGGGGAACGCCGAGUACCAGCACAGCAAAGGGCCCAGCUCAGAGGCACUGGCCAGCAGUCCCGGCAGUGGCAGCGAGGCCCCCAAGAGCAACAGUAACGGCAGCUCACAGGGCACCCUGGCCUGCAGCGCCAGCGACCAGAUGCGCCGCUACCGCACCGCCUUCACCCGGGAGCAGAUUGCCCGGCUGGAGAAGGAGUUCUACAGGGAGAACUAUGUGUCCAGGCCGCGGAGAUGUGAGCUGGCCGCCGCCCUAAACCUGCCGGAAACCACCAUCAAGGUGUGGUUCCAGAACCGGCGCAUGAAGGACAAACGGCAGCGGCUGGCCAUGACGUGGCCGCACCCGGCCGACCCCGCCUUCUACACGUACAUGAUGAGCCACGCGGCGGCCGCGGGCGGCCUGCCCUACCCCUUCCCGUCGCACCUGCCCCUGCCCUACUACUCGCCGGUGGGCCUGGGCGCCGCGUCCGCCGCGUCCGCCGCCGCCUCGCCCUUCAGCGGCCCGCUGCGCCCGCUCGACACCUUCCGCGUGCUCUCGCAGCCCUACCCGCGGCCCGAACUGCUGUGCGCCUUCCGCCACCCGCCGCUCUACCCCGGCCCCGCUCACGGACUGGGCGCGGCGGCCGGCGGCCCCUGCUCCUGCCUCGCCUGCCACAGCGGCCCGGCCAACGGGCUGGCGCCCCGCGCCGCCGCCGCCUCGGACUUCACCUGUGCCUCCACCUCCCGCUCGGACUCCUUCCUCUCCUUCGCGCCCUCGGUGCUCAGCAAGGCCUCCUCCGUCGCGCUGGACCAGAGGGAGGAGGUGCCCCUCACCAGAUAA